AUGAACUCGGAAACGUUGUGGUUCGAUCCAAAGACGCGUGUCAAAGAGCUGAUCGAUCGUGCCAGUCAGAUCACCUUCCGGCAUGAUACUCCUCUUCGACGGUAUCUUCAUUCCGCCAAACAAAUGCUGCAAAUCGCUCGUGAAUCUGAAAAUGCGAACCAGGAGAUGGCACUGAAACAUUACGCAAGAUACAUAACGUUGAUAGUAGAGAAGAUUCCUGAGCAUCCCGAAUACCAGAAGUUCUGUAAAGCAGAAAAGGACAAGUUCCUUAAACUUAUAGAAAAUACGAAAGAAGCUUGUAAUGCUGCCGAACGUUUGAAGAUGAAGAUCCAAGCUGUGUAUGAGGAACAAAAGCUCGAACUGGAGGCGAAGAUGGAAAAAGCGGCUGCGGAGGAGGCGAAAGUCUGCGAAGACCAUGAUGUUUCAGACUCUUUCAAUGACAGUGAAGAUCGUCAUGAACAUCUGCAUCUACCGAUGUCCUCAGACAGCAAAACUGACAAUGAGAAGACUAGCACUGACGUAAAUUGUCAAAGAAUGCCAAUAGUCGAUCGGACGACGAAACCAGGUUAUAAGACUAAAUCAUCAUCGGUACCUCGCAUCUCGACGUACUCUGAUUUAUCACCGGUUACAAUACCGGAAAAACUUAUUCACCGGUUUUUGCGGGCUGCCGAGAACAACACCAAAAAUGACAUAGAAACAUGUGGCAUUCUUUGUGGAAAGUUGGUAAAUGGUACAUUCGAAGUCUCCCAUCUUAUCGUACCGAAACAGAGCGGAACAUCGACGUCGUGCAACGCCGAGGACGAGAAGGACUUUUUCGCUCUUCAGAUCCAACACGACUUGCUGCAGUUAGGAUGGAUCCAUGUAACUUGUUUCUUUCUGUCAUACCGUUCAAUUUCUGGUGAGAAUUUUAAGACUCAUCCAACGCAGACUGCAUUUUUGUCCAGUGUCGACCUUCACACGCACUGUUCGUACCAGCUGAUGUUUCCUGAGGCAGUGGCCGUUGUAUGUUCCCCGAAACAUAAUCAGAUUGGAGUUUUUAUGCUUACUCCUGAAAGUGGCAUGAAAGAAGUGUCUGCGUGCAACGAGACCGGUUUUCAUCCUCACACCCAAGACCCUCCUCUUUUUCAGGUGGACUUUCACUCGCUUCUACUCUCUCCUCACUAA